AGACAACUUAGUUGUUCAGCAAGGAAGUCUAGCCUAGCUAUGGAAGCCUACGGCUAUGCAUAUGGGACACGUCUUUGGUCCCGAAUGUCUCGUCUAGAAUCCUGACAGUCAGGCCAGAGUGGAAGUGAUAAAAGCUUUACGCUACCCCGCGCUUUCGCAUAAAUAUCCAAGAGCAACCACUGAUUUUAACAUUAAACAACUUGCUCAUAUUAUAACGAAGACAACAAUACGGCUGGCAAAAAUGAAGACAUCGCUGCUUCUCAGCCUUGGCGCUUUAGCGCUCCCGGGAGUUAUGGCAUCUCCCCUACACGAAGUCGAACCGAGAGAAGGCUCCCAUUCAUUCAUGGGCCCCAACUUGUACUUCCUCCCGGGUUUGUCUGACCAAGACCAAGAUCGAUACAUCAAGGACCUUUCCAACUAUGGCGUCAAAGUCGUGCGUGUGUGGGUAAACCGACAAGCCGCUGGCAACUGUGAAAAAGGCAGUAAUCUCGCGGUUAACGUAGGGCCACUGGAGUCCGAGUUGGGCAAGUUCGAUGACAAAACGCUGGACGCCGUUGAUAAAGUUGUCAACAAGCUAGCUCAGAAAGGUAUCAAGGCGAUUAUAUCGCCUCACGAUGCAAACUCGCUUCUUGAUGACUAUCGAAAGGAUGUGUACACCAAGUUUGGUAAGUCGGGAUUCUAUUCUUCGGACGAUGCCAUCAAAGCCUACGAUAAUCGAAUCGAUCAUAUUCUCAACUACAAGGGGGCCCACUCCGGCAAGGUAUGGAAGAGCUGGAGCGACGCAAUCAUGGCAUUUGACCUCCAGAACGAACCCAUGUCGCCAGACCUUUCGGUCUGCAAGAACAACGACCAGAAGAACUGGCUCUGCGGGCGCGCCAAGAAGUUUCGCAACGUCCUGGGUGCUAACAACAAGAUCCAAAUUGCGACUGGAGGUAUCGGCGGUGACAUUUCGCAUGACUGCACCUUCAUCGAGGCUGCUACGCAGUGCCCUGAGAUCGACCUGAUCGCCAUUCAUCGGUAUGCUGGUAGCCAGUCUAACAACCCCGGUAAGUUCAUUCCUGUGUUGGAAAUACAUCUGUCUCCUGGCUUAAUAUAAGCAGCUAAACGCAUCAUUAGGUCAAUGGUCUGGCGGUGCCAAAAAAUGGGUUCAGCAGGCCGGUGGCAAGCUCAUCUUUGUCGAGGAAUGGGGGGUUAACACUACCGCCAACAGCGCUAAGAGCGAGCUGCCCGCUCAAGCCAACGAUAUCAACAAAGUUGGUCUGCCAAACCUGUACUGGCAGUUUCUUCCUAAGAAGACCUGUUCCUACGACCCUAGACAGGAUUCCGGCGACCCCUUCGGUAUCUUCGUCGAGGGCGAUGUGGAUAUUGCUUCGGUCGUGAAGGGCGCUUCUGACGCCAAUGCCCUACAGGAUUGGUCAAAGGUCAUCGGAUAGACCGGAUUUCUUGGAUCUCGUAUCGGCGUCCUGCUGGGUUUCCGUGAAGCCUUAGGGGAUACUUUAUAGAUCGUUACGAGUGGGCUAUCUUGAACCACGUGGACGUACAUUUC